UUGCAACCAGGGCAGCGCACGGGCGAUCUAACUACAAUUCCCGUCGAGCCAUGGGGUCUGAUGGUAUGACCUCUCCGAGCCCGGCUUCCCGCUCCGGCCAUUGUAGCUGGAGAGCGGAGAGCAGGAGGGAAUGAGUGAGCCGGAGGACUGUGACAGCCAGACGUGUUCCGGGUGUCCCAGUGUAGAACAGAUGCUGGCGUCGAGUCCCGGGAAGACCCCUAUCAGCUUACUUCAAGAGUAUGGAACUCGGGUAGGAAAGACCCCCGUGUAUGAUCUUCUCAAAGCUGAGGGACAAGCACAUCAACCCAACUUUACCUUCCGUGUAUCUGUUGGAGACAUCAACUGCACUGGUCAAGGACCCAGCAAGAAGGCCGCCAAGCACAAAGCAGCAGAAGUGGCUCUCUCUCUACUAAAGAGUGGUGAUAUGUUUGGAAUUUGUGAGGAUAACAGUGAGCUGUUAUCGGUGGAAUCGCCUGCAGAUCCAGCGAUUAAAACCGAAAUGUCUCCAUCUCCUCCACCCACCAGAAAUCACGCCAUAGACUUGAAGCCCCCUUUAUCUGCUCAGCAGUCAGAAUGUAAUCCGGUGGGGGCGCUGCAGGAGUUAGUGGUGCAGAAAGGUUGGAGGCUUCCUGAAUAUACAGUAACACAAGAAUCUGGGCCAGCACACCGUAAGGAGUUCACCAUGACCUGCCGUGUGGAGAGAUUCCUGGAGAUUGGCAGUGGCACAUCCAAGAAGCUGGCUAAGAGGAAUGCUGCUGCCAAAAUGCUGCUUCAGAUCCACAGAGUACCCACAGAACACCGGGAGAGCGGAGAGCCGGAACCUGAAGAAGAUCAGUUCUCUAUGUGUACAGGAGGUGGAAAGAUAGAUGGGGGCAGAGGGCGAGGUGUGGCAUGUACCUGGGACUCCCUCCGUAAUUCUGCUGGAGAGAAGAUCCUACAUCUGAGGAGUCAUCCCCUCACUAUCCUGAGCUCGGGGUUCUGCAGCCUUCUUCAGGACUUAUCCGAGGAGCAGAGUUUUCAGAUCAGUUAUCUUGAUAUUGAUGAAUGCAGUUUGAGUGGCCUAUACCAGUGUCUAGUAGAACUCUCCACCCAGCCCGCCACUGUAUGCCAUGGCUCUGCUGCAACUAGAGAAGCGGCACGUGCAAAUGCAGCCCACAAUGCCUUGCAGUAUCUGAAAAUCAUGGCUGGGGCCAAGUGAAUGUGGCGGGGGAGCACCAGCUCCCCCAGGAAGAAUGAAAUCGCACAACCAGCUUACCUUAUGUCAGUCAAGGACUCAAGACUUCAGGAGCCUAAAUUAUAGUCACAUAAUUACGGAGAUGGAAGUGACACUGGUUAUCAAAUGAAGAUGCAUCUUUUAUAUAUUGCAUUUUUAUUUUGGACUGAUGAAAUCCUACAUAUUUAAAUGUGGUAUGUUUCCAUGUAUGAAAUGUGGAAAAACCAAGUGGGAUUAAGGGAUAUUUUUUAGGUUUCGUUGUAAACUCAAGUAAAGAAUGGCCGGCACUCGGAGUAUACAAGAGCUAAUCCUAUAUUGUCAAACAAUAGAAACCAUUGCAGAGUAUUGCAAUCUACCUAGCUGUACUAGAAGCUCAAAUCUUUUAUUUUUUCAAAUUGACACCUGGCCUAGCCCAAUUGAAAUCAAUAGGUUUUUAAAGGGUUACAGUCUGUUUUUAGUUCAUAAGCAGCCAGAGUAGAAAGGCCUGUCCCCUGCCAGCUUGUAACAAAAGGAUCCCGCAGUGGUCUCUCUGCACUUGUUUAAUAUCCCCCAUGCUGCUAAAUGGAGAUGUGUGGCACUGACUGGGAGCGGGCAUUUCUGCUAUGGCAGUAGCUGCAUUGCAACCAAAACGGGCUGUAAGACGGAGUUCUGCGUUUUCUCGCACAGUAGAAAUGGUUUAACUGGAAAGUACAAUUGGGAUUUAAUCUCUACAAAUGAAUAUUGUCAUGAACUCCUCCUCAGACAUACAAGUGCAUGUAUGAUGACAUAAUCAGAUUUCUGUUAUGAGAUUGAAAAAUUACCCCGACUGUUUCCUGGUAAUUCGGCCUCUUCAAGUUUUAUUUUAAAUGUUAUUAAAGUUUUUCCAGUGUUACAUGUUUUUACCCAAA